UCGUGCGUAGCUGUAGAGGAAUGUGCGGAAACUUCUGUUCACUUUUCUCCCUGCGCUGUUCGUCGAAGAAAAAGCUCCAGAAGAGGAGGAAACUUCUGAAAAGUCCCUGAAAAUUCGAGGUUGGGCACCAGCAGGUGAAGGCCUGGAGUCAGCAUGGCGGCUCAGACCUUGUUCUCUGUGUUUCCUGUGGGCGUGCCUCCGGCGGAGGACGGGCCGGGUCUCAGUGACAUGCCCAGGAACACGCUGCCCGCCCCUCAGCUGGUGAUGCUGGCCAACGUGGCGGCGGUGACGGCGGGAGAAGGCGGCGGCGGUGACGGCAGCGUGGCUGACGAGAAGGAGAUGAUGGAGCUGAAGACGGUCGGCAGCAGCUACUCGGACAGUGAGGACGAAGGCAUCAUCAGGUACAGCUACGACAACCAGAACCACAGAGAGGUGUGCAUCGUGGAGUAUCCAGAGUCCCCGGGCCCCAGCGUCAAGGCCGGCGACAUGGGAGACCAACGAGACGAGGUUGAGGACGAUGACGAGGGGGACAAAGCUGAAAGCCGGUUCAGCAGCCCGCAGCCCUGCCCCUCCGUCUCCGCACCUCAGCAGGGCGUCAAACGUCAAGACGGACCACCGACCGGCUCAGAGAGCGUGAAGAAGAAGAAGCCAUUCCGCUGCAAGCCGUGUCACUUCCAGGCUCAGAGCGAGCAGGACUUUGUCCAACACCUGAGCACACACAGUAUCAGCAAGAUGAUGGUGGUCAACCAGGUGGAGGGGCGGAGCAAAACCAAGGCCAAGGAGGCAGAAAAACCAGAGGCCUCAUCAGCCGGGCAGGUGGAGAGCAGCGGGGAGCCGGUGACCUCGGCAGCCACAUCAGGAGACAUCAAAGGGCUGAUCAGGUGUGAGCGGUGCGGCUACAACACCAACCGAUACGACCACUACAUCGCCCAUUUGAAGCACCACAGCAAGGAGGGCGACGACCACAGGGUGUUUAAGUGUACUCUGUGUCCGUACACCACGGUCAGUCAGUACCACUGGAGGAAACAUCUGAGGAACCACUUCCCUAGCAAACUGCACACCUGCAGCCAGUGUUCCUACUUCUCCGACCGGAAGAGUAACUACAUCCAACACAUCCGGACACACACAGGGGUCCGUCCCUUCCAGUGUCUGUAUUGUGACUACUCCAGUUCUCAGAAGACACACCUGACCCGACACAUGAGGACACACUCAGGUGAGCGUCCGUUCAAGUGUGACAGCUGCUCCUACCUGGCAGCCAACCAGCACGAGGUGACCCGCCACGCCCGGCAGGUCCACAAUGGUCCCAAACCGCUGUCCUGUCCGUACUGCGAGUAUAAGACGGCCGACCGCAGCAACUUCAAGAAGCACGUGGAACUCCACCUGAACCCUCGGCAGUUCCUCUGUCCGCUCUGCAAGUACGCCGCCUCCAAGAAGUGCAACCUGCAGUACCACAUCAAGUCCAGACACUCCGGCUGCAAUGUGGCGCUGGACGUGUCCAAAGUCAAACUCCGGGUCAAGAGAUCUGGUUCUGAUGGCGCAGAUGAGAACUCCAAAGCUUCUCCUGGCAUGGAGGAGGACAUGGACUUGGACGACGGGGAUGAUGACUCGUGUCCCAUCAAUCUGUCCAUUAAGAAGAGCGGCCGGCACGGCAGUGACCAGACAGUACCAACUGAAAGUCCUGACAAAGCUGCCAAGAAAGCAAACGUCUCGUCUGAGAAGGAGAAAACACCAAAGACUAAGAUCUUCACCCGGCAGAAGAAGGUUGGAGAAACUCCUGCAGAGACCGCGGCUACUAAAGACAUUAAGCCAGAGACAAGUCCAGCUUCCGGAAGUUCUGACAAGGCAAAGAAACGGGUCAAGAAGCCUCCAGCUGAGAAACCCGCCAUGCAGGACCAAGCAGAAGAACCCGCGACCCAAAAACUCCAAGCAGAGGCGGAGAGUUCUGGGGAGGUCCAGAAGGUGUGGCCUGAGAAAGAGCCUCAGAAGAACGAGAACAAAAACCUCAGUAAGAACAGGAAGACUGGAUCAAGGAAGUCUGUUAAGAAACCAGAACACGAAGAAGGAGCUUCACAGAAACCAGAUGGUCCUGGUCUGAAAGCAAAGGUGGUCAGGGACAAGUGCACAAAGAGGAAGUCCACUGAGGUUUUAGAUCUUUCACAAAAAUCCUCCAAGAACAAACGUGUGAAGGCUGCUGAGAAGGUGCCGUCCAAACCUUCAGAUGGUACCACCAAGAUGAACGGGUCCGGUCCGACUCCAAAGUCUAACAGAAGAGUGGCUGUGAAGCAUAAGACCAGAACCUGCAACAAGAAGGGUCCAAAGGAAAAAGCUCCUGACAUUGAUUUAUCCUCAGACGCUCCAGAGGGUUCUGUUCAACCAGACGACCCGACCCAAACUGAGCUGACAGGAACUGGUCCAACACAGAUCAGUUCCUCCACAGAGGAACCGGUUCCACCAGAACCGGAAGAGACUCUAAGCAAACCUUCAGAUCAGAGGGACGUUUCAGCACCCAGAAGCUCUGGACCAGACCCACCAAGUCCCGUUGCAGACCAGCCUGAACCGACCUUCAUCAAACCCACAUCAGCGUCUUCUCUGGUAUCUCCUGACCCGCGGUGCAAACCUGCUGACCCCGACGAUGACGAGGGCAUCCACAGCAGCCAUGAGGGAGGAAGUGACAUCAGCGACAGCGCCUCUGAGGGCAGCGACGACUCCGGCUUGAACAGUACCGGCGCUGGGCCGACCAAAAUGUCCAACGACCCGGAAACGCCCACCGACGAGAUCCCGACGCCAACCGAGCUGAAGAGUCACAUGUGCAUCUUCUGCGACCGCACGUUCCCGCUGGAGGUGGAGUACCGCCGCCACCUGAACCGCCACCUGGUCAACGUUUACUACAUGGACGGUUCUGGUACCAGCAAGACCCUGAAAUGAGGCAGUCUCCAUGGCAACACGGCAUCCAGAUGUUUGUUCUGUGUAUCCUGAGAUCAGUUAAUCUGCAUGUUGCUUUAAACACACGGUUCUGAACAGGUUCUGGACUUCACCCACCGCUGGGUCAGAACACUGGUGCUGACCCGUUUAUUAAAUCAGUCUCACAUUUUCUUUUUAUGGUUUGGAACUUUUUGGACCGGGUCGCUUUAGAAAAGUUCUGGUCCAGAUGUUCAGAACCAACGUCAGCUGACCCGGUCUUGGUUUGAGGACUUGAAUGUGGACCUGCUUUGUUGGAUGACCCAGUCAGGUUCUUUGUUGAUGAACUGAUCUGCAACCAAGAAGCCCCCCCCCCCCUUCAGUCAGCUGUCAAUCAGUUGUCUCCAUCUAUAGGUAGUUAUGGUAGCUAAGUUACUGAGUUAGUCCUUAAACGGGACUUUGUGUUCCAGCUGAACUCGUCUCAAGGAAUAAAAUUUAUGGUCUUCAACUUUUUUUCUUUCAAAAAAUUUGAACGUGGCUCAUCGUGAACCUUGCAGAUGCUUGUUCUAACGGGGUCCUGCUGGGAACUGGCUCCAAGUCUGGGUCAUCAGAGACGACUUUGGACUCGGUUCUGUUCUGCUGUGUUGUUUCUCAUUCAGAUUAUAUCAGCUGUGUCGAUCCGUUGCAGCAGAACCGGGUUCUCCUGUCUCAGAACCACGUCUAGUUCCAGAUCUUAGACUUUCAGUGCCUUCGACAAUCAGCUGGGAUCGGUUCUGAGUCCAGUUCCUGUCGGUUCCACCGGGUUGUUGUUUUCUUUGUUUGGUUGUUUGUUAUUGUUUCCUGUUUGUUUUCUGUCCUCUUUCGGGAUGAACUGAUAGAAGUUUAAACUUCAUCCUUUCAGUUUGAUGACGAUGAUGGUGAAGAAACUUGGUUUUUGUAGAACUGUGUGUUUUGGGCCUGUAAAUAUCCUGAACUUUCUGUGGUCUGAAUGUGGUUCUGGUUUUGAACCUGCUGGGCAGUUCUGUGUGAGGAUGAUGAUGGUGUGAUCUUCACCAGCUCCGUGACAUUGAUCCGUUAGUUUGCAGCUGUCGGAUCAGUUCAGUUGGAUAAUUGAUCCAACAGGAAGUGGUUGUCCUGUGAUGUCCCCUUUAACACACAAUCAGCUGAUCAUGGACCCGUCGUCGUUACAACAUGAACUUCCCUGAACGGGAUUCUCAGAACCGAGAUAAAAGGGUUCUGCUGGGUCAUUAGAAACUAACACCUGCCAUGUGUCGUUCAUGUACUCUUUUAAAUAAAAUUUACAAAAUCUCUGAUCAUUA